AUGAAGUUCUCGUCCGCGUCUGCACUGGCCCUUGCGGCCGUGGCCUCAGCCAAGCCCUGUCCUGAGACCCCAGAGCUGCCCAAGCCCGUCGAGCGUAUCGACCUCGGUCCCCGUCCCGGAUACCUUGUUGACGACAUGGACGAGGGGCCGCUCAAGGAGAAGCUCAAGCAGUGUCUGGACGACACCACGCCCUGGAGAGCCUCGACUUGGUCUGUCGCCCACCGCGGCGGUGCCACCCUCCAGAUGCCAGAGCACUCGCUGCAGAACGCCAUGGCUGGCGCGCGAAUGGGGGCCGGCGUCCUCGAGUGCGACACGGCCUUCACCUCUGACCUAGAGCUCGUGUGCCGCCACUCGCAGUGCGACCUGCACUACACCACCGACAUCCUGAUGCGCCCCGAGCUGGCCAAGAAGUGCUCCGAGCCCUUCACGCCCGUCAAAGACGGCAAGCCUGCCUCGGCCAAGUGCUGCACAUCCGACAUCACGCUGGCCGAGUUCAAGACGCUUUGCGCCGAGAUGGAAGGCCAGAACCCCGAUGCCACCACCGUGGAGGAGUUCCACCCCUCCACUCCGAAGUGGAGGACCGACCUGUAUGGCAGCUGCGCUACGAUUCUGUCCCUCCAGGAUCACAUUGACCUCGCCCUCUCGCUGGGCCUCCUGCACACCCCCGAGUUGAAGACGCCCCAGGUGCCCAUGCCCUUCAAGGGCAACUACACCCAGGAGAAGUAUGCACAGCAGCUCGUCGACCAAUACCGCGACAGCGGCGUCCCACCCAGCAACGUGUUCCUGCAGUCGUUCCUCUACGACGACAUGCUCUACUGGCUCAAGCACGAGCCCGAGUACGCGCAAAACGCCCUCUUCCUCGACUCGUACGGUGAGACGGCAGCGACCUUCCCUAACGCCGUCGCCAACCUCACAAACUACAAGGCCGACGGUGUCCAGUGGAUUGCACCUCCCAUCCCCUACCUCGUCGCCGCCAAGGACGGCAAGAUGGUCCCCUCGGAGUACGCCGAGAAGGCCAUGGAGCUUGGCCUCCGCAUUCUACCCUGGAGCCUCGAGCGCAGCGGUCCCCUUUACGACGUGAAGGAGAACGGCGACUACUACUACAUGUACUUUAACGACGCGGUCAACAAUGAUGGCGACAUGUACACCCUUCUUGACCUGCUCCAUGAGGAAAUCGGUAUCGAGGGUAUCUUCACCGACUGGGCGGCCACCGUCACCUUUUACGCCAACUGCAUGAACAUUCAGCUGUUGUGA